UAUUAAUUUCUAGACUGACAAUUAGUUUUAACAAUUCAAAAUUAUGACUCCUUAGACAUGAAUGAAGAAGAAAUAUGAGGAAAAAAUAAAAAGGAAAAUUAAUCAUAAUUAAUAAUAUGGUAUGAGUUUACUUUAAUAAAUUAAGUUAAAGAUGUAAAUAUGAAAUCAAUAUAAGGCUAAUUUAAAUGGAUAGUGAAUAAAAGAACAAAGAAUUGGCAAAUAAAAUUCAUAAAUUUUUAAAUAUCAGAAUCAUGUAAAAAGAAAAGUGAGAAAAUAUUAAAAGGUUGAAAGGAAUCCUUUAAGGUCUACAAACAUACUUUAUUUAAAUAUAUAGUAAUCAUGAAUUAAGUUUAUGGAUAAUUUUGAUAAAGAAUAAAUCAUAGAAGAAACUAUCUAAUGAUUUAUAUGGAGUUAGUGUGAUGGAAUAUGUGAUAAAGAAGGAUUUUAUGAUAGGGAGAAUAAUUUUAAAGACACUUCU